AUGUAUGAACUUCGACUUGAAAAAGAAAUAGGAAAGGAGAUAGUGAAAAAGUGUGGCUGCAUUCCGUUAGCAAUCAAGGCCAUAGCAGGUUUUGUCCGCGAGGAAAACAUAGAACCUGCAAGAGAUAUGGUUAAUUGUUACCUGUCCAAAUUGAUCAGUAGAUGCUUGGUUGAAGUUGUUCAACGAAGGAGUUAUGAUGGAAUAAUCUAUAGUUGCAAAAUGCAUGACAUGGUUUUGGACCUCUCGCAUAUUAAGCUGGACAAAAUUACUAUAAGGGAUCUAUGGCAUUGGAUCACUUCCCAGAAACACCUAGCUUACUUAAACCUUCGCAAUGUUACAAAAUUGGUUGAACUGCCAGACUCGAUUGGAAAGAUAUGGGGCCUCCAUAUUUUGAUCCUUGGUGAAUGCAAGAACCUAAAAAAGUUGUCUGCAUUGAUAACAAGUAUUCCAAAAUUAACGGUUUUGGAUAUGGGGAAUUGUCCAUUACUCCAGUGCCUGCCCCAGGGACUUUUAAGACUUUCCAAUCUUCAAGAGCUGUAUGGUUUCAAAAUAACUAGUUUGACAGAUGUAGAAGGUUGUCAUCUUGGUGAGCCUAGGGGUCUGUCCAGCCUUCUGAUGGAAUGGGCAAGGGUGCAAAGUGCGAUGUUUGAACUGAGGUUCUUGGAGGUCAGUCGCUGUGACUCGUUGCAGUCAUUCCCUUGUGAUUUCAAGACUCUAGGAUAUUGGAAGAAAGGGGAGGAGGAGAUCAAAAAGGAAGAGAAAGAGGAAGAGGAAGAUAUCAAAAAGGAAGAGACUAAAGAGGAAGAGGUCAAAUAA